AUUUGGCCCAAUCGCGACAGCGCGUUUUGAUGGACAGGAGCAACCCGCCAAUGGACGCGAAGGAUUUCCGGGACCCCGCGUUGAAUCGACACGCGCGCUAGCCAAUCACGGUUUAUUAGCGAAAAACAACAACAACAGGUUUUUGUUGACAGUGUAAAGUAACACUGCAUUAUGCCACAUUACACACCAAAUAAAACAUAAUGAUUGACACAAAUAUAAAUAAUGCUUAUAAAUAAACCCUCGUGAUGCUAUGACUAAUAUUUUAAACUCUUAAAAAUAAGUUAUUAGAUAACUCCACUGAGGGUCGCACGAGGACAAGCUGAACCAUGUCGGCUCGAGAGCUUCCUUCUCUCAGCUGCUGCACUGAAGACCCACAGAAGGAGUUAUGCUAAUGCACUUCCUGGUGCACGUAUUAAAUGAACCAGACCGUUUCACAAUGGUGUAUUUGUGUUGCUUGAGAAUUAAAUUACAAAUAAACCUCUCAAACAAUCAAGCAUAGUUGAUUUGUAGCCUGUGCUCUGGCAUCAACGCUGCAAAGAUAAACAUUAGCACAGGAUGUGGACCAGAAAUAUAAAACUACAUACACAAUUGCAUGUUUUUCCAAAAAUAUGGCAGCAUUCAGUGUAUAGUUAAUUUCUCAUAUCUCCUUUUCUAAACUUCUUGUUGACUGUUUGCCACGGCGUUUACGACCCAAACCGAAAGGGCAGUCUCAAUUUGAACACUUUAUGUUCACAAAGUUACUUGUUGACAGAUUUAUUCCAUAGAAAAGUAAGCAAAAUUGCUUUAUUUACAUUAAUAACUGAGGCAUGAGGGGUUUGUUCACUCAGUGACUUCACAGUGCGUCUUAUUCAAUUAGGAAAAGUCGUUGUCCACAUGUUGCUUAAUUUAUAACAAGCUACUAUGAAGAACACUCGCUAAAAAACAGUCGUCUUUAGUUACAAUAACCUUUAAAAUGGACAAAACACUGUAUUUGUCGCUGAAGAAUUCAUCGGCGAUUAAAAAAGAAACGCCACGCCACACAUUUCCUGUUCUCAUCUUCCAUAAAAGAAGGAAGUGAAGGCACUGAAUCAUUUCAGAGUGAAGACGAGCAUGAAACUCUGCAGCUGCCUGCUGGCUUUACUUCUGGGCUGCAGCGUCUCUGCAGAAAUAAUCCAUGAAGUAGUCGAGGAACAGACCUCAGUCUAUCUGCGUUGUCCUCACUCUGUGGAGGGCACCGUGACCUGGAGCAGAGAGAAUAAUGGACGUGAAGUUAAAAUACUGACAGCUGAUGUUGAUAGGGACAUAAGACACUUUAAAGACCCGCAGAGACGAUACAGUUCAUUGUCAGAUAAAUCACUGUCCAUCAGAAGAGUGACCGCCUCCGACUCUGGAAGAUACUUCUGCAACAGGGAAGCAGUGGAGCUGACGGUGAUCCCACCAGGAACAACCACACGUGAUGCCACAGAGGGGACAGAAGUCACUCUGACAUGCCCUCCUGAUGCUGGAGGUCCAUUUAAUAAAAGAUGGAGCAGCAACAACACUGGUGACAUAAAUACCCAGACAGGGUUUUAUGUUUCACCUGUUGACCAGAUGUUGACUAUAACAUCUGUGGAGCUUAAACACUCUGGACUUUACUUCUGUGAAGGAAAACCUGCUGCGUAUCUGAAGGUGACCAAAGGUUACACGACAACAACAACAAGUCGGACAAAUGAAGAUACAACAACAACAACAACAACAACCACAACACCUACAAGACAAACAACACAUCUGACAAAUGAAGAUACGACAACAACAAAGAAAAAAAGAGACAAGAAAGACAAAAAGAACAAGAAGAGUUACACGACAACAACAACCACCCCACCUACAACAAGACAAACAACAACAACUGUACCAUCAACUACACGUCCGACUAAUGAAGGUAUGAUGACAACAAAGAAACAAGGAGACAACAACAAAGACAACAAGAACAACACGAGUAACACGACAACAACAACCACCCCACCUACAACAAGACAAACAACAACAACUGUACCAUCAACGACACGUCCGACUAAUGAAGGUAUGAUGACAACAAAGAAACAAGGAGACAACAACAAAGACAACAAGAACAACACGAGUAACACAACAACAACAACCACCCCAUCUACAACAAGACAAACAACAACAACUGUACCAUCAACGACACGUCCGACUAAUGAAGGUAUGAUGACAACAAAGAAACAAGGAGACAACAACAAAGACAACAAUAACAACACGAAAGGCAAAACCACAACCACCACAACAACAACAAGACAAACAACACCAUCAACUCCACGUCUGACUAAUGAAGACACAACGACACAACGCGGUUACACGAAAACAACAACAACAACCACCCCACCUACAACAAGACAAACAACAACAACUGUACCAUCAACUACACGUCCGACUAAUGAAGUUCCUGAUUUGGUGAUUGGAAUAGUCGCCUUCCUCCUCCUCCUCAUCAUCAUCAUCGUCGUCUACUUUGCUUUGAGACGCAGGAUUAAAAGACGAGGAAGUGCAGAAAGAAGCCCCGUCUAUGACGAGAUACGGGACUCGUCUGCGGUUCCGCCGACAAACGGUGGAGGAAGCUUGGCCGGACCAACCGCUAUAUACUGCAUGGCGGAUGAUUUUCCAGAUGUAUUACACCACAACGAUCACACGUACUCCACCAUCCCCGAUCUUCCACCAGUGGGGAAGAAAAGCGAGACGUCGCUGCCCGAUAACUCCACUUGUUCCUUCAUCGGCAACCCAUUUAUUGGUGAAAUUAAUAACGGUCCGUCGCAGCUUCCUGACAACAUUUAUUUUUUACUGGAGAAACCCAAAGCACCUGGAAACAACACGGACCAACAUCUUUAAUUUUACCUCAAAGGUUCUUGGUUUUAGCAGUCGAGUUUAGUGGCCUUUACUUGUCAGAUAAAUAGCACGGAAAUGAAAAAUACUCGCCUAUGAAUAUUAUAGGUUUACCUCCGGUUCUGAAAAUUGAAGCCAAUGCUUCAAGUGUUAAAGCAACUCCUCUGGUUGUAUAGAAGUCCAUGCUUCAUGUGUUAAAGCUGCAUUCU